AUGCAACCUCCCGUCCCUUCCGUACAGCGUAUUCCCUACUCGGCACCGCGGGCCGAUUUCAUCUCAGCCCUGGAGAAGGAUGGCUGUGUAAUCGUCCAAAACUUCACCAAUCCAGAUGUUUUAGCCCAAGCCAAGCGGGAAGUCCAGCCAUUUCUCGAUGCGGAAGAUAAAGGAUCCAAGGUUGGAGCCUUGGAAGGGAGGACCAAGACUUGCACCCGUCUGAUCGGUAGGAGCCCGACGGUGCGGGAGAAAUUCUUCGCCGACCCCUUGUACCAGGACCUGGUGGAACACUUUCUCACCCUGGAGACGCGUUGCUGGUAUGGAAAUGAGCCUUCCGUCAAUGUAUCCAAGCCGCUUCUCUCCAUCGCCAUCACGAUGGAUAUCCAACCUGGGACCCCCGCUCAGCGGCUGCACCGCGACGACAAGAACCACCAUGCCCGCCACGCUCCCGUCGAUACCUACCACCCAAACCGUGACAUGCUCCUUGGUCUCUUUGUCCCAGGAUGCGACACCUACCGUGAAAAUGGCGCAACGAGAGUUGUCCCUGGAAGCCACCUCUGGGGAGACGAACAGCCUGAUUUUGGUCCCGACGGUACCAAAGGUGUCGUGGACGCUUGCCUGAACAUCGGCGAGGCUUUCAUCAUGCUUGGUAGCUUGUAUCAUGGCGGCGGGCAGUACAGUCAAAAAGAUAGCAGCAGAACCAUGCAUAUCAUGUUCUGCUGCUCGGGAGUGUACAGGCAGGAGGAAAUCUCGUUUUUGUCAUAUCCUAUUGAAGACGUGAAGACUUAUCCACAGGUGGUCAAAGACCGUCUGGGCUGGAAGCAGUCGGAACCGAAUCUGGGAUGGGUAGACCUGCAGUCUCCAGAGUACCUUCUCGAAUAG